GGGUCCGCUCCUAGGCCUAGCGGAUUUGGAUCCGCGCUCCCGGCUCCGCCAGCAGAUACCAUUGUGUAAUUUGAAUCAGGAACGAAAUCUUCUGAAAGCGUUUUUGGCCAACAUGGAGGAAAAAAGACGACGAGCCCGAGUGCAGGGAGCCUGGGCUGCCCCUGCUAAGAGCCAGGCAUUUGCUCAGCCAGCUACCACUGCUAAGAGCCAUCUCCAUCAGAUGCCUGGUCAGACCUGGAGGAACAAGGCCCAUCUGUCUAACAGAGAAUUUGUGUUCAAAGAACCCCAGCAGGUAGUACGUACAGCCCCAGAGCCACGAGUGAUUGACAGAGAAGGUGUGUAUGAAAUCAGCCUGUCACCUACAGGUGUAUCUAGGGUGUGUUUGUAUCCUGGCUUUGUUGACUUAGAAGAAGCCGACUGGAUAUUGAAACAGCUUUGUCAAGACGUUCCCUGGAAACAGAGGACAGGCAUCAGAGAGGAUAUAACUUAUCAGCAACCAAGACUUACAGCAUGGUAUGGAGAACUUCCUUACACUUAUUCAAGAAUCACUAUGGAACCAAAUCCUCACUGGCAUCCUGUGCUGAGCACACUAAAGAGCCGCGUCGAAGAGAAUACCGGCCACACCUUCAACUCCUUGCUCUGCAAUCUUUACCGAAAUGAGAAGGACAGUGUGGACUGGCACAGCGACGAUGAACCCUCACUCGGGAGGUGCCCCGUCAUUGCUUCACUCAGUUUUGGUGCCACACGCACUUUUGAGAUGAGGAAGAAGCCACCGCCACUCGAGCACAUCUCUGGAGCUGCUGAUCUUCUGAAAGCUGCCCCAGUUCCAUGCACUGUAUUCCUGACAAUUUCUGCCUGUGCUGAGAUGGAAGAGAACGGAGACUACACGUAUGUGGAAAGAGUGAAGAUACCCUUGGAUCACGGGACCUUGUUAAUCAUGGAAGGUGCUACACAGGCUGACUGGCAGUUUAUCCAGACCCUAGAGGGGCACCCCAGUGAUGUGAGAUCUUUGAGAGAGAAGCCGCACUGAGACUGAGCAACCCUGCCACUGAGAAGAAACUUCAAGAGGCCGGUUCCCGCUGAUCUCGUGGUGUGGCUGUUUGGAAGAUGGUGGGGUUUGUUUCCCAGCUCCUAUUAAAUGAGAGCCAGCAAGCAGUUCAUAUUGGUAAUAUGUCUACGGUGGGAAUGGUUAUCACUAAUGACAUUUCAAAAUUGCAUAUUAUCUUCAGGCAAAUUAAAAUCCAUGUGGCUGUGCUCAUGGAUGAUUUUGUCCAUAAGCGGUUUUUCUCCUGCCCUCCCCCACCCCUUCGUUUGAGGAACUGUGAAUGGACUUGUGCCUCUGGGGAAAAUCUACACAUGUUUGUUCCAUGUGACUUUAGUGGAGAUAUAAAUAUGUAUCAGUGACUCUGGAGCCUUCCCUAGGCAGACAGCUGCUGAAACCCAAACAGAGGUGAUUUCAUCCUGGCUUGUGUGCUGUUGUAAUGGAAAGCUGCAUGUUCAGGGAACACUGGAUUUAUCUGAGUCUCCUUGCCUGUCAGUCUUCCUGGGACACACUCAGACAGGUUACAGGCCUCUGAAUAAAGAGUCAAGGCAGGAUGCUCGAGUCCAGCCACCUGCAAGCAAUCACCUGGACUACUUGUAAUAUGAGAACCCACUGUACCCGUAGAGGGAGGAAUAACUGGGUGAUGUCAUGCGAAGUAGCAGGCUGAAACAGAGGCAGAAGGGCAGCACAUGGCCUGCUAAUGACAGCUGUUCCACAUAGAUUAGAUCCCCCUGGAGAAUCACUUGAGUCAUUUAAACCUCAACCAGAUAGAAGCGGGAGCAGUCCUGUGGGGAAUACACUCAAUUGCCCAAUAGUUCUUUUCACCUUCCGUUUCAGUAGCCUGAUGAGUAAGCCUCUCUUCUGACUCAGUGUUCUCUUACAAACAAGUUCCCAACGUACAAGGGUUAGGCUGUGAUGUCACUGAGGUUCCCAAAACAAAACAGAGUGCUGCCACUUAUUGCAUCAUAAAAGCACAUGUCUUCUUGACCUCUCGACUCAGGAACAGUGUGCCAGAUUCAUUCCAAGCCAAGAUAUAGAAAACCUGAGAGAAAGAAAACGAAUUUAAAUGGAUGAAAAUAGGGCAAGAGAGUUAGAGUUCCCCUGUCUGCCUGUGGGGAAAAUUUACAGCGCUUUCUUGCUUUCUGUCCUGGUUCCAUCCCAUGCUAUGGGAUCGAAUCUGUCAGGGUAAAGUGCCGAAGGCUGGGCAGGCCCUACUCAGCUCAGGUGUACUGCCACCCCCGCUACGCUCUGUUCUCUGACAAGCUCUCUGGCUCCUUGCAUUGUAGUCCCUAUUUUUUUUUUUUUUUAAACAUGCUCCUUUCUCUAAGAAAUACUAAAUGCUUUAUAAAAUUUGAGCAUCACACUAAGCCUUCCAGUGAUGGAGUUACAAAUCUCCGUGAAAAUAAAACGAAGCCUCUUUUUAAUUCCAGCUGUUCUUCUACUAAAGCAAACAACACCCGGCCAGGUGGUUUAGCUAGCUUUGAUUAUAAGCUUGAUGCGUGUCACUGGGAAAUUUCUCUUCCAUUCCUUACAAAUGAAAGAACUGGCAGAUGGUUCCAAGUCUUCCAGCAUCCCUCCCUCCUAAUGUAGGGUCAUGAUCUCCCCUUGCGUCAGCUGAAUGUUUGAUCUCUUCACUCUGUCACACCCCUGUCAGUCAGGGAAACAAAUUCCGACUAUACAGCAGACAGGGUGGGCUGCCACCUGGGUUUCUUGGUCUGAAAGCAGCAAAUCUUAGGUUUUGUUUCUUGCUGUCACUGUAAGUACCGUAUGCCAGAACUGACAUUUUUUUCCACCACUGAGAUAAUGUCCCUUCUGAAACAUCAAGUAGGUACUUGCUGUAGAAUAAAACUACGGUGUUUAAUAAUGGACAGGAGUUCCAGACCUGGCUAAAGACAGCCAUACUCAGUGACUGCAUCAACCUGUUGCUGUGUUUUACUGAUGGUAGAUCUGAGCUAGGAAUUAGGGUAAAGUAUUUUUGCUUACAUUACAUGUAAAGGAGAGGAAGCAAAUGUAACAGCAAUAGCAUGAAGAAAAACAGCUUUGGUUUUUUUAGCUGCCCUUUUUUUUGAGCUUCAGCAGCCUGCAGGGCACUGUCCUUGGAGCUUAUAUACAUGAUCCCUAAUUUUCCCCACAGCCCUGCAAGAAAGAGAUACUAUUCCCCUCACAGAGACUAGGAAACUGAGCCUCCGAGAGAUUAAGUAAUUUAACAGGACUUGUAGUGGCAAAGCUAGAAUUCAGACCACAGGUUAGUCCCUAAACCUGUGUGCUUUUUCCUCUGCUGUGCUGAAUUUUGGUGGAAUCAUCUGCUGGGCGUCCCUGGAAGCCUGAGCCUCACUCAGGGCUUGUUCUUGUAGAGCUGGGCACAGCUGACCACAGGCCACCUGUUUGUUUCCUGGCUU